UUUUUAUAAUUUAAAAAAAAAAAAAAAAACAAAAACUUUUCUCAUUAUCACCUUCUCUUCUCCCACCAUUUUCCCGACCAAUUUUCUCUCUCCUCUCUCUGAAACUCCCUCCUUCUUCCUCACCUUAUAUUAUACGAUUACAAUAGUUUUUAUAUUAUAUACUCCUAUUAUAUUAAUAUAGUAAUGGACCGUCUCUUAUAAAUAUAAUCUUUCCCUCCAUUUUUUAUUUUAUUUUCAAUUUUACCUUUUUCUGAAAUUCAAAAAAUGGCGUAUCAUCACAACCACCACCUCUCUCAGUCGGAAAUGGCGGCACAAUUCACCGGACAACAACAAAACAUGUCGGCGCACCACCAACAACAACACCACCACCAUCAACGACAACAACAGCAACAGCAACUUCACCAACCAAACUGGCUAACCUCGGCAAUCCUCUGCUCAUCAGGCGGCGGCGGUUCCGGCGGCGGAGCAAGUAAAUUCUUAAACCUUCACUCAGUAGAUGACUCAGCAGGGAUGUCGGCGAUUCCGACACAACCAGGUGAGUUGACUCACAAUGAGGAGACAGGGAAACCGGAGAUCGGAGACGGCGAGAUUUCUGUCGGCGCCGGAAACAGAGGCGGUGGUGGGGGAGAUAGAGGUGAGCAAGUGAAUUGGCAGAAUGCAAAGUUUAAGGCGGAGAUAUUAGGGCAUCCGCUUUACGAGCAGUUGUUAGCGGCGCAUGUUGCGUGUUUGAGGAUCGCAACUCCGGUGGACCAGAUACCGAGGAUUGGUGCGCAGCUUGAUCAGUCGCAGAACGUCGUGGCCAAGUAUUCUGCUCUUGGAAGUGGUCAUAGUAUGGUCGGGGAUGAUAAAGAAUUGGACCAAUUCAUGACACAGUAUGUUCUGUUGCUGUGUUCCUUUAAAGAACAACUACAACAACAUGUUCGUGUCCAUGCAAUGGAAGCUGUGAUGGCAUGCUGGGAAAUUGAGCAAUCUCUUCAAAGCUUGACAGGAGUCUCUCCCGGUGAAGGCACAGGGGCUACUAUGUCUGAUGAUGAAGAUGAUCCCAUAGAAAGUGAUAGUAACUUGUUCGAUGGAGGUUUGGACGGUGCAGACACCAUGGGGUUUGGACCCCUCAUCCCAACUGAGAGUGAACGAUCACUGAUGGAGCGUGUGAGACAAGAGCUGAAGCAUGAGCUAAAACAGGGCUACAAGGACAAGAUUGUGGAUAUAAGAGAAGAAAUCUUGCGCAAAAGAAGAGCAGGAAAACUCCCUGGUGACACCACUUCUGUCUUAAAGGCUUGGUGGCAAUCACAUUCUAAGUGGCCAUACCCAACGGAGGAAGACAAGGUGAGGUUGGUACAGGAGACAGGUCUGCAGCUAAAGCAGAUCAACAAUUGGUUCAUCAAUCAAAGAAAGAGGAACUGGCAUAGUAAUCCUUCAAGCUCUAGUGCAUUGAAGAGUAAACGCAAAAGGUAAAACUGCGGCAAUUGUUUCAUAUAGAUGAAGAACAAUGGUGGCAAGCAUCUGUAUUUUGUACCUCUUUAACAUAAUUCUACGACACUGGCAUUGAACGUGGGACAGCUUUCUGUGAUAUGAGAGGAAGUGGAGAAACCCUGCUAAUGAAAGUGGCAAAGAAUCCUUCAAUUUCGAGAGAUGCAUAUGAGCAGAAGAUGAAUGGUCCUGUAUACUGAAUUAUCCACAAGGAUAUAUCCUUAUCAGUAGGAAGAAUUGCUGAAUUAUAGGAAAAUGUAUAUCUCAGAUAAAAUUGCAGAAGAGUCACCAUUUCUGGUGAUUCUAUAUUUUUGUAACCUUUAUAUAGUAAUUUGAAUCAAACGCUUAUGAAGUUGUGGAUGUACAGAUUAAGUAGUUUGUUUCCUAUUUCACUCCAUAUAAUGCAAUUAUGAAAUCCUUUUUAAA